CCAGUUACUAUUAUGAGUAAGGAAGAAAACUCAAAACCUGAGAGAUAUAAUUUAGGAGAUAAAGUGAUUGCCCGUUGGGUUGAUGGUAAACGUUAUCCUGGUCAAAUUCAUCAGGUGUUAACCUGUGAUAGUUAUACGGUUUUAUUUGAAGAUGGUUUACAAAAGGCAGUUAAAGUUAAUCAUAUUGAGCCCAAUUUAAAUCCUGUUCCAAGAUCAGAGCUUCCAUUUGAAGAUGCUAGGGAACAACGGGCAAUCCAUGAAAGUGACAUUUGUGAUCUAAUUGUUAACUGUAGUUGUGGUUCUAUUGAAGAUACUGGUUUCCUAAUUCAAUGUGAACAUUGUUUAACAUUUCAACAUGCUGAUUGUUUGGAUAUUAAAACUGAUGCUGAUCUUUUAGAAGCCAUUACAUGUUCCAGUUGUUUGAAUCCAAAAGGUGUCCGGGAAAGUUGUCGGUACAAGUUUGACCAUUCCUGGUUGAAAGAUGCCACUCUACCUAGUUUAAUUCCGAACCCUAAUGAACCAGUUCAAGCAAAUAAACGGAUUGCCACAGUCAAUAAUCUUCUAGAAGCUGCAUUACAAUGUUCAGAAGUGGUCCAUGGACUGGCAGCCAAAAUCUCGCUGAAAAACAAGAAAAUUUGUUCCUCCGAAGAAUUGAAAUGUUGGAGCAAAUCUUGGCUUACCACUGACUUUGAAAAUCUACCUAAAAAGAAGCCAAAUUUAGGCGUUAAAGCCGUUACACCUUUCAAGGUGAAAAGUAAAAGUGGCAAUAAAUCAAGAUCAUCAACCAAGAAGAAAAAAAGUGCCAUUAAUUCAUGUUCGAGAUUAAAUGCUGAUGACUUUAAUCUCCCUGCAGCUACCAAUUCAAAUCAAGUGGCAAUUGAAAAGAUUGGUGGAUCAAUGGAUCAAAUGGAUUCAUCAAAUAGCAGUAAAUCUUUUACCGUCAAAGAAAAUCAAUCAAAGUCCUCAAAUAAUCUGGACGAAAUUUGUCAGAAGCAUUUAGAUGAACACAUUGAGAAUUUAAAAAGUCGAUUGGAAAGUCGAUUGAAAUAUAUUGAAUCGAGAAUAGAUGAAUUGGAAGAAUGGUAUGGUCCAGAUCUCGAUCAUAACGAUGUUGAAGCAAAUCGUACAGAAUUCAGGAUAGCUCUUAAAAAUCUUCGCUCUAAUUUGAAAACCUUCGAAAGGAUUCACAUUCUGAUUAAACGUCUACAAUUAAGUUCAGAUGGACAAUCAAACGAAAAUGAUAACGAUUAUCAGGCUGGUGUUCAUUUAAAGAGAAUCUGAAUUCACCCCCGAAAACUCACCAUGAUCUCAAUUAAUUCUUCAACCCGGUAAAUCCUAAGUUGUAAAUCAGCCUCAAUUUGUAAAUUGUCCACUCAACGGAUCUCUCAUUCUUAACUGAAAACUAUUUUUUAUCCUUUUCUAUUGCUCAAAAUCACUUCCGUUCAUAUGAUGAAUCAAUCAUAAUUUGAAUAGUCUUAUUUUUAAUUAUAUUACUAUUGCUUUUAUAAGUAUCGAUUGUUACAAUUUAUGUAUAUUGCCACUUUAAUGAUGAAAGAAACAUACAAAACAACAUUGAAAGAGAAAUUAAUUAUUACAAUUACAUUUA